GUAUUAUUUCGACGAACCUAUGACGUCUAUCCUUUCUGUCAUUUGUAGCAUCAUGUCUUUAAUUAGCUAACGUUUCCUUAUUUUUGGGCUUGAACCUCGAAAGACCAGCAGUUUAGAAAUGUUUGUCGACACAGCCUGUAGUUAACCCUUUAUGAAGGACAGUCCCAGUCUUUGGAUGGAGUCAUCUUCCAGCUUCUCGCUAUUUUGUAUAAUCGCCCAGCGGCGCCUCGGGUUUCACGAUUCAGGUCAUCGUGCACCAAAGCAGCGAAAGGAUGGUCAAAUAUUUUUGUAACACCACAGACAUCAGGAGCUCUUGGGACCAUGUUGUCUCUGCUUUUUGGCAGCGAUAUCCUAAUCCUUUCAGCACCCAUGUUCUCACCGAGGACGUUGUGUACCGGGAGGUGACCACUGACCACCGGCUGCUCUCCAGACGCCUGCUGAUGAAGACCAAUCGGCUGCCUCGCUGGGCGGAGCGGUUCUUCCCUGGCGGCAUGUCUCGCUUUGUGUACAUCAUGGAGGACUCCAUCGUGGACCCCGUCAACAGAAGCUUGACCACCUACACCUGGAACCUGAAUCACACGACUCUCAUGUCUGUGGAGGAACGUUGUGUUUUCCAAGAUUCAGCGGAGCAGCCAGCAACCACACACCUAAAACGGGAAGCAUGGAUAUCUUCAAGCAUUUUUGGCUUCUCCAAACCCAUUCAGGAGUUUGGAUUGGCCCGCUUCAAGAGCAACCAGUUGAAGGCCAUGAAGGGACUGGAAUACGCUCUGUCCAAUCUCCAGGGAGAGACACCCCAUUGGCUGCUCAGGGACACAGUGAAGCCCGCAUCCGAGAAGACCAAGGAGGCGGCCAAGACUCUGGCUUCAGCCGCCGUCCCGCAGAAGCCCCGGCAGUACGUCUGAUGGCGAGGACGGACAAUGCCUUAGAAAAGAACGAACUGUGUGAAAGUUGGUUCUCUUCAUCUGGUCAGCACUUACUGUAGCAUUGUCUUUUCUUUCUGUCUCAGCUCUCGGUUGAACCUCAGGUCUUUGUAUGAAGCCUUCUGCCUUUUUCUGCUUUAACUGUCAGCCCCGUGGGGGUCAUCACGUGUAAAUGAUGAAUCCAGAUAGUUUUCCUGGUAGAAACACUAUGCUGAUUUAGUUUUUCCUCCUAAAGAUAAUCUUGUUCAUUUAAUUUCAUUCAGGCAAAGUAGAAAAUGAUUAUAAUGUUAUUGUAAUUUAAACAGCAAACUGUGACGUGAUCAUUAGAAAGCAUAAAAUAAAUAUGCUGACACUGACAAUCACAACAAAGUGGCUUCUAUCAGAAUGAGCAACGUUUUUACUGGUUUACUGUGUAACAUGGUCAGCCUCCAACGGUGUGACUGUCUCUGUGGUGCAAUAAUGAAACUGGAUCAUCUGAUUCUACUUUUUAAAGCUUGUUCUGAAGGUUGUUGUUCUGAUUUCAACGACUGCAUUCCUUUCAGGUUCAAAAUGACUGAAUUUUUUUUUUUUUUGCCUAAGCCUUGGAUUAAAGUCAGGUCUUUGAUAAAUGUAUUCUUGAUCAUUUUUUUCUUCAGGUAAUUUUAAACAGAUAAGCUCGUAUGAAACAAAGAUCUUCAGGUGUCUGGUUGCACGUCCUAUUCAGAAAGCUCUUGUUUUGUUCAAUAAAAAUGACACGAUGGAAACAUG